AUGUAUCAUUAUUCCAGUCCACCACCGGGGUGGUCUACCUACAACUACUCUCAGUCGCCGCCGACCUCACCUUACUACGCUCAAUACGCUUCGCAAUACGCCGACGCCUACACAUCACCUCGGGGCACUUCACGACGACAUACCCGCAAGGCUAGCUACACGGCCACCAAAGAACCGUCGUACUAUGGCUAUCAGCAAACAUACUACGAGGCGACGCCAGACCAAGGCAUUCCGCCGCGCAAGCACGAUCAUGUAAGUGCUUCUUAUGCGGGCCCGCCCAAACACCGUCGCAACCAUACGACUGGUCGUCCUGCGGGGGAUGGCCUCGGCACCGGACCCAACUCGCAAUCGCAGAAACGACCCGUCUUUGUAGAUGUGGUUGACGAUGCAUUCGAUGUUCGCAACGGAUUCGCCGGCUCGCGAUCACGCGCUGGCCGUCCCCCGGCAACGAGCCAGAAACAAGAUGGCCCUGGCCAACGUCGCGCGUCAACUGCUCAUCGCAAAUCGAACCCAGCCGCUGAUUCUCACUUUUACUUCACCCAGGUUCCUAACUACGAGGAUAUCGAGGCAGCUCGUCGUUCGUCCCGUGUCCGUCGCCAGUCCACCUCAACUCGCACACCGAACAAGCCUAAGCCAGCCCCCGCCACCAAACCGCCACCAACCGCCACUGAGGAAGACGCUGAGCGGGCCGGUAUCCCACCUGGGUACUCAACCAAAAACUGGGACCCUACCGAGGCACCUAUCAUUCUCCUCGGUAGUGUCUUCGAUGCCAGCUCUCUCGGUAAAUGGAUCUACGACUGGACAGUCUUCCACCAUGGCGCAUCAACACCCAUGGCCGACGUGGCAGGUGAUUUGUGGCUGCUGCUGAUUAAACUAGCGGGCAAAGUCAAGCGGGCGGACGAAUGUCUUCCGCGAAUCAAGUGCAUCGAAGCCCAGGAAGUCGUCGAAGAUUUCCUGGAAAGUGGCGACCGACUCUGGAGCCGGUUCAAGAAGCUACUCAAAGGUUGUGAACUUUACAUGUGGAAGGCUGCUAAACGGGAAAGUGGCAAAGGCGCCCCCGUAUCUAUGGGGCGCAAUGCAGGCUGUGAAUUUGUCGAAUCAAUCUUCGGCCGCGACCGUGAGCUUGAAAAUACGGAAAAAUUGAUGAACAGCAUCCGGCUGUGGAAUAUGCGAUUCGAUGCCAACUGCGAAGAUAUCUUGCGCCGACCGUCCGCUAAUUAG